CAUUAUCUCGCAUUUAUAAGGAGAACUCAGCGAGAUAGAUCCAUUUUUUCCGGAACUUCUGUACAGUGCGUGAAGUUUAAUUUUUGUCAGCUUGACAAGUGUCUUGUUAAAGUUUUGUUUUAUUAGAUAAAAAUGUCGGCUUCAAAUGUGUUAGCCAUUGAUUCAGAGGCUAUGAAAGUCUUUGGCUUUUGGGGCGGUAUACUUGCUCUAAAAUUAUUCGCAAUGGUGGUCUUAACCGCACGUUAUAGAUUUCAGAAAAAGGUGUUUAUAAAUCCUGAAGAUGCUGCAGGCAUAAAAGGAGCUAAAAUUACUAAUGCCGAUCCAGAUGUUGAACGUGUACGCAGAGCACAUUUAAAUGAUUUAGAAAAUAUUCCUAUUUGGUAUAUAGUUACCCUUCUGUGGUUAACUACUGGACCUUCUACAUGGUUGGCUGGAAUUUUAAUCAAAUCCUUUGUAAUUGCUAGGAUUGUUCAUACGUUAGUAUACGCUGUUUAUCCAAUGCAACCAUACAGAGCAUUGGCCUUUUUUGUUGGAUUGGGUAUUACAAUCUACCAAGCAAUUAGUACUAUGCUCUAUUAUUCAUAAUUUGUAAUAUUAUUAGAAACAUUAGGUUUU